AAACCACUGUUCGACAAUGGCGCUGUUUUGAUGUAGGUUGGGUUUAGGACGUGAUAAAAACGUACAGUCCAUUCGGAGAUCAUGCAAAAUGGGAGCGCUGCGGUGUCCCAUGUGCUGCAAGAGGAAAUUCAAGACCCAGACGUCUCUGAAGUUCCACAUAUUGAGUUACAUGUACAACAUCUUCUGCACUUUGUGCUCGAAAAGGGUGGGAACGUUACAGGAGUUGAUUGACCAUCUAGACGAUGGCUGCGAGAAGGCGUACUCAGCAAGCUUUGAGAGAGGACCUGUCUUCAAGCACGCCAUUGUACAAACACAGGAAGAACUAUUUGACGUGGGACCGGUGGAAGCCGGAAGCCUGUUCAAAGCACGAGAAGUGCAGGUGGAAGAGGUGGAAGGACCGCUGUGUGCCAGUUCCAGCGACGACAGCUGCUGCUCGUGGUCCCUCGUGGACUGCCAGGACGAGGGGACGGCGGACCCGCUUGCGGACGGCGACCAGAGUGGGGACGCUGCCCCCGCGAGGAGGGCCUCGUCGCGGCAGCUCUUCACCUGCAACGUGUGCCGCACCACCUUCACCGACAUUGACGAGCACGCUAGGGUGCACCACUCCGAGCAGGACGUCGAAGUGCACGUGAGUCCCGCAGCGCAGCGUUAAUGUUCGUUCGUUUUUAUGUAACUUUUGUGUCCUUAAAUAUGUGUUCAUUUGUGUUGAAUAUAACUAAGAAUAAACAUUGUUAUCCUAAGAAAUUAUUUAAAUCUUGAAAAUGUAAAAAUAUUGAAAAUUUAUGCAACUAUAUUGUACUAUUGUUUUAAAUUAAUAUAUUUAAGAAACUGUUUUCAAUGGCUUCCAGUUUAAGCAUUUCAAUUUUACUGUAUGAUAUUUCUUAAUUGCUACUAACUUGACCGAGUAAAUUUUGUGUGUACAGCUUGGAGAAAGUAUUUUCUUUCUUUUCAAAAUUAGAUUUCUGAAACUCUUUUAUAAUUGGAAAACCACUUACUUUUACCUUUCCAAGUCCAUUGAAUCUUAAAAUUUAUCUAACAUGGUUUAAAAGUGCUCUAUAACAUUCACAUGGGGUUAGAUUUUGGGAUAAAGGCCUGGAAUGUGUAACUAGAAUAUCACAAAAGAUUGAUGUUCUUACAGUAAAUGAGUGAAUGUUAAAUGUAAUAAUUUAUUAAUUGUUUGGUUCGGCUUUUGUAAACUUACACAUUGUUUCUUACAUUCCAGAGACGGGAUUUGAGCAUCCAGUUUUUCUGUAAAACCUCGAGGAGAGAGGUUAAUGACAUCACCUUCAAUCAUUCACAGCAGAGAUCGGCAGGACAAGACAGUGCUCUUGACGGAGAACAUCAGCAAGCAAGAGGCAUUGUCGGUGUUCGUGAGUGCAACAAAAAACCUAAUGACUUAUACAGAGCACUACCAAACGGUGAUGAUUCAUUUACUUCUGUAGGUAACGCAAGUGUUAAUAAGAAUGUAAAAAUGUCUUCAAACCAAAGAAGUUUUAUUUCCCGAAAUAACAGAGACACGGAACAUGCCUACAGUUCAUCGCAAAUCAAGACCGGUCAUGAUUCAGAGCAAGCAUCAAGAUCCUUGCUCAUCCAUGAAAAGCCAAUACACAACGUGAGCAGUGAUAAAACUAAUAUUGAAGAAAGUGUUUGUAGCAACAGUGAUAAAAACAAUAUGCUUUGUGUGUGUAGUCCAAGUAACCAUCAGCAUGGUGCCAAACAGCAACCCAGUCCAGCAAUUGAUUUUUCUGAAGCCAUUCCAAAAAUUUUUUCACAGAAAAAUGGGAAAGAGAUCCCAACGGUUGUAGUUUUUAGCGGGAAUAGACUUACUUCUAUUCUGACACCGAUGACGUCUAGUAUAAAUCUGAAAACACUUAAAAAAUGUACCUCUUUAUCUGAAUUAGUUAAUGCUAUUGGAUCUCAGACUGGAAAAACUUACCCUAGAGCUGUAAAUGGAGAAUCCAUUUACAGAGAUGGAAAUAUACUGUCAAGUUCUGAAGUGAUCCAGGAUUCCUCUGCCAACUCGAAGCCUGACUGUCCAUCCACGAAUGAGUCCAACUUGUCGUUCUCAGCAGACAAAGAGACAAGUCAAGAAGGUGGUGUACACAAUGACAAGCAAAAAUUAACCGCUGCUACCAUUAGGAAAAAGAUUAGAAACCAGAGGGAGUUUAUUGUAAAAAAAAGUGUUGACAGUGAUGGCAAAUUUCUCGAUAAUGUGUAUACUUGUCGUAAUUGUGGCCUAGAAUUUCAAAAGUAUCUUUCGUUUUGUAAACAUGUGUGUGGGAAGGUAACAAAUUAUUGUGAUAGCCGGUUCACAAAGGAAAGAAUUUUGACUAUAAAUUUUAAGGACAAGGAACCAGAAGCAGAGACACAGAAUGCUACAAUAGAAAUUGGUUUAGGAGUCGACACUGAGCUCAGUGUUCCUUCAGCCAGAGACAGCAGUGAAGUUACCAAUACAACAGAAGUGACAGAUGCUGCCUCCAAAGGUGGUAGUGCAGAUGUUCAUAAUCAAAUUAAAGCAUGCAAAAAAAGAAAAAGAGUAAGACCCCAGAAAGAAGUUUUACCAUUACAACCAAUGAUAUGCCACAUUUGUUCAACUGUCUUUACAAAAAGAUCAGCUUUUGUUGGUCAUCAGAGGAUGCAUGCUCCAAAGGUUGCCAGAAGAAUUGCGCUUAAUGCAGAUGGCACUCCUGUAAUUUUUACUUGCGAGAUAUGUUCUUUUGUUGCUGAGCAUAAACAAGGCUAUAAUCAACACAUGAGAGUACAUUUUCCAGAGGAGUAUGAGCAAAGGUGUGCUGAAAGAAGAGACAAACUCUCCAAAGGGGCUGAAUCUAAGAGGCCUGUCGCCUCCGAACAAGAGCAGGAGGAUGUUGGAGUGCAAAAUGAUUUAGACCUAUCUUGUAACCUGUGUGGUAUGGUGUUCUCUAAAUACAUUCAUCUGGAUGAACAUGUACGCUCACACUAUCACAAUGUGGAUGAGUACGCGGAGAGUGAAAGUACGCUUGUGGAUGCUGUUGUCGAAAGAGCCGUUGCUACAGUUCCAUGUACUUUCACGUGCGAAAUAUGUUCCAAGACCAUGGACGUUGUGUUUCGCCAAUUGCACAUCAAAACCCACCUUGGCGAUGAGCGCUUCACGUGCGAAAUUUGUAAUGAAAAUCUUUACACUCGCGAACAAUUCAAUUUGCACAUGCGUGCACAUAAAGGAGAUAAUCCUUAUUUAUGUAGAGUGUGCAAAAGAAAAUUUGGCUCCCCGGAAGACCUAGGAAGGCAUAUUUUGUCUCAUAAUGGCCCGAAGCGGUAUCCAUGCCGUUUCUGUAAUAGGCGUUUCAAACAACCUUUCUCCAAAGUGGAGCACGAAAGGCUACAUACUGGGGAAAAGCCUUUUUCGUGCAGCUAUUGUGGCAUGAAGUUUCGUUUGAAAGGCACGAGAGAGAUCCACGUCCGUAUCCACACGGGCAUUAAACCUUAUUGUUGUAAAGUGUGCAAGAAGAGUUUUCGAUCAAAGUACAAUUUGCGAGAUCACGAAGCCACACAUUCAGAUGAACGUAACUACAAGUGUAGCAUUUGUCCCAAAACAUUUAAAACUGCAGUUUCACUAUCUAGUCACAAAAACAAUCACACAAAACCUUACAAAUGUCCAGUUUGUCAGAGAAGAUUUGAAACUGCAUAUGCAGAGAGACAGCACCGGCAUUCUCACUAUGCUGCAAAAAGUACGCUCAAGUACAAAUGCACUGUAUGUGGUAUUAUGUACGCUCGUUCAUUUGGUUUGAGAGACCACAUGUUAACUCAUACUGUUACACCUGAGCAGCCUUUAAAUAUUAAUGGUGAUAAAAUCAAGAAAAUGUCUCUAAAAGAGGAAAUUGAAAUUGUCGACAGUGAAUCUGCUCAAAUGGCUGACUUGGCGUUGAGAGACUUAAAUGACGAGUGUAUGGAAGCUGCGGAGUUUCUUGUCAAUGCGAAUGAAGAUGGUUUUGAGAAUCCAAGAUACACUGUGCAGGUUGCAAACAAAAGUGAGGUAAGCUCUCAGUUUAUAGUUGAUUAUCCUGAAAAAGUGCAUUUGCAGGAAAGUGAAUUUGUUAGUUCAGCUGCCGAGGACAAAGACCACCCUGGAUCGGUACUAGCAGUUAGCGACUUCACGUCUGAUGCAUACUUCAUAGCGGGUGAUGGUGACGAAUGCCAGCAGUUACUGCUGGUAGAGACUACCGAAGGAAGUACAUCUUCUCAGUACAUUCUGGCAGUGGCCAACGAAGACUUAUUAGAAGUUCCUAAUCUGGAUUUAUCGGAUAUUUACAGUGAGUGUGAGCCCUCUAGAGAAGCUAAGUUAAAAAACCAACAACCUGGUGAUUUUUCAAACUCCGUAACUGUAGAGAGGGUAAGUGCUGAAGAAAAUGUGUGUGUACCUCCUGCACCUGUAAACUUUGAAGAAGUGUAGAUUGAGGUUGACAGUAAUACAUUAGUUUACCAUGAAUUAUUUCAGACUAAGGAAAUGCAACUAAGAAAAAUAUGCAAAGCUUAAGCAGUAAAAGUGAGCAUAAAUCUAAGUCUUGAAGCCACAUAAACAAUGGUGUACUGUAAUAUUAAUGUGAGCCACGAAAAAAUUUAAACAUGUUCAAUCACUGUUAAUGAAAAUUAAGUAAGUUAUUAAAUAUUUUAUUGUAGCACAAUUUUGUUACUGGAUGUUUGAGAUUGGUGUAAUAACCAACAUUUAAGUGGCUGUGUUGAAAUUGUUGGGACAUUAUUAUUAUUAUUAUGUAAUAGUCAUGUCUCAAGAAGGAUAAAUAAUAAAAAUAAAUUUUCUAUACAA